UCUACACAACAUACUCAAAAUCCAUUGACCGGAUACUAUGAGCAACAGUCUUCAGUGUGAGAGAGAACAUACCAGAUUCUAUCUGAACAGGAAAUUCGUGAAAGACGAUGGAAAUGGAUAGGACAUACCUUAUGGAUAUCAUCAAACUGUAUCAUGAGGUGAUCCCUAACUUGUAAUGUUGAAGGGGAUCGUAGACAUGGAAGGUCCGUGAACACAUCAUGUCUGGAAAUAAAAUUAGAUAUGAAAAGGAUGAACAGCAAUUGGAAAGAGGUUGAAAGUAUUGGCCAUGACAGUGUUGUCUGGAGUUUGGUGGUGAGCGGCCUAUUCUCCUCCACGAGGAGUAACAAGCGUAUGUAAAUAAGUUAUAUGCUCUGGAUGGAGAGUACUGAUGGGCGGCCUAUGCUCCUCCAAGAGGACUAACAGGAAUUAUACUACUUAAUAUCUAAGAAAUAAAGCACUGAUCUAUAUUCCUGUAGAUCAGUAUUACGCAACUAUCUCGACAAAUAAUCAUUUGUAAAUACUUCAUUAUUUAUCUCAUGUUUUAUUAUUUUGCAUUUGGAAGUAAUUUAUUAAAAGAACGUAUACAAUUAUCAAAUAAAUCUGCUCAAUAUGUUGGUAUUGGAGUUUUAGAAGAUUAUGUUUUAUCCUUUGGCGGAUUAAGUAAUAAUUGGUUUGGAGCUACUGCAACAAUUAAACUAUCACCUUCUGAAUAUGUUAUGGGUACUGUAUGGAAAAUGUGUAUGAAUGAUAUGAAAACAUUAGAUUUACAAGAAUCUGCUCCAAUAAUGUAUCGUCCAAUUGAAAUACCAAUUAAUCUUUUCUCUGAAAAAUCUUCAAUUAUUAAUUGUAGAAGUUAUAUAUUAAAUUCAUCUGAAUCCGGAGAUCCAUCUCCAUAUUAUUUAGAUAUAAUAAUUCGUGGAGCUAUUCAAUCUCAACUUCCUCAAUCAUAUAUUGAUCAAUUAAAGAAAAUUAAACAUAAUGGAUAUUUAGGAAAAUGCAAUCUGUAUAUGAAUAUUCUUAACAAUAUACCAAUAUCUGAGCGUUAUAUGUACCAUAUAGUAGAUCUAAAUAGAUUACAAUUAGAAUAAAUAUAUACUAUUUUCGUA